AGAUGAUUCCGAUUUGGUAUAAAUCUAAACAUUCCUGUGAUCAGGAAGCUUAUAUUAUCAUAUGAAUACUCAAAACGAUUGCACACAACACCAAAUCUCGCAAAAAUCCGCAUAUUUUUUUCUCUCGCAUCGUUAGUCGGUUGCCUAGGCGAUGGUUGAUUGUGUCGUGAGUCUCCCCGCGCUCAGGUAAUCGGUAAGGAGAUUCUGCUCUCGAGCUUUAGCGGAGAGCAUUGCCAGUCGUUCACGAGAGUGAUGGAUUGUAGACACCAGCUCUGAUUUGCAUUGCAUUGCCAAAACAGAGAUUCGUGGUUAUCGUCUAGAACUCUGGAUAAACGAUAUUGGAUCUUUGAAUUUGGAUUUUGGAUCUGGCAGCAGGAUAUCAUCAAAUACGUGUCUGAUGAAUACACUGGAUUGUUCAUUCAAUGAAGAUUUCAUAGAAUAGUUUCUGUGGCUAGGAUUUCAGACAAGAUCCAAUUUGGAUUGCUUCAGUCUAAUCAGGAAUCAUAGUUUCAUAUCUGGUUGCGGAUCUGAAUGUUUGAAAAUUUGAUUUGUGAGGUUUUCUAUCCAUUUCAUUUGAAGGAAUUGCUCUAGAGUGCAAAGAGAACUUUGGAAUCUUAUCCGGGAUUUUGUCUGCACAUGACCGUAUGAGAUCUUGAUAUUGCCAAAGAUCUUGCCAGUAGAAAGAAAUAUACAUGGUCAUCGAAGAAACAAUGUGUAGAACUACACAGAAAGGUCUGCCAAUUCUUUGACUUAAGUCUGAACAAAAAUUUCUGUUAAAUCUAAAAAGCUCGCUUGUUGUGUCAAAAUCUAUGUGAAAUCUUGGUACUGUACACAAGUACAUUGAAUUCAAUAGAUAGUGAAAAGAAAAGUGUUUUGCCGCAUUGAUGCCAAUGUGUACAUUGUACUGUAGCAGAAGCAGUCGAGUCUAAAGAUUCUUUCAAGCGGGAACUGGCAUUUUGACAUAAGCAGUCUGGAUGAAUAAUUCGUAAAGCUAAGGUUUGUUUUAGUCUCAUAACUGAUGCUGAAGUGGAUUGCAUUCUGGAGAUUGAGAUUCACUGAGUACAUUUCUUGCUUGGUGCCAAAACAUACGGGAUUUCCAUUCCGCGAUAUUGUUUGUGAGCAGAUCGUACAUAAAUACUACAUUAAGGAUUUCGUGUUCUAGCUCAGUUUGUGAAGAUAUUUCGAAACAUUUUAGCCUCAAUUGUUGGUUGGAACAUUGCAUUGUGGAUACUCUGUCCUCAUUUGAUUUGAAGUCAGUCAAAAACUCAUUUGAACACUGAAAUCAAGACUAACUUCAUCAAGAACGGCCAAGGAGCAGGCAUGACUACCUAGAGAAUUUGAUCUGUUGACGCUAUUCUACCCACAGUCAAGACGAGCAGAAUCAAAAUGGCGCAAUCCCCUGGUGAUGGUGAAAUUAUCAUUGGAGAUAAUCCAUUUCAACAAGUUGAAGAUAAUGAGAUGAUCACAUCCUUCUCGAAUCCCAACUAUCACAUGAACGACGAUGAACUCAAUUCAAACAUCACACCACUAACGACACCUAUCACUCCAACCACACACCAGUAUUACCAAGAUCAAAUCUACGCCGACCCGGACAUCCUAACAUCGUCGCGAAACCCGACGUCAAAACGGCGAAAAAAUUAUGCACAGUUAGACUUAACGUCGAUGGGUAUAGACUUGAAUUCUGAACAGCGGAAUUACGAUCAACAAAAUAUCUGUUCGCCAGACUCAUUGUGUUCUGUUGAUAGUGCUAAAUCGGAAGAAUUUGUUGAUUGUGAUAACGAACCGCAACAAAACGACGACAAUUCUGAGGAGUCUGACGUCGAGGAGCAGGAGGUCUCAACGCCCUAUGCAGAAAAAUCUAGUUUUCUAGGAUAUUACGCCAGUUUAGAAAAAUCCGCUAAAUCGCAACAAGAACGACAGCCGAGGGGUGAUGUUCGGACAGUAGAACAGCAAAAAGUCAAGGAGGUGAAAUCGACAGAGACGCAAAAUGGGAAGAGUGAAAUACAGAAAGAUGCUGACAGUAAAAAGGAUUCGGAGAUUCCCGAAGGCUUUACUGACAAAACGUGCAUUAACUCUCCUGACUCCAAUGACAGCGGCAUCCAGGCGGACGAGGGCCAAAUCCGUGGGUCGGCGAGCGUGGAGAGUUUUAGUACUAAGGAAAAGAAGGAGUCAAAUACGGAACAAAGCCUCACAGAGGGCGAUGCGAACACCAAAGUUGACGAUGAGUUACCAGCCGGCUGGGAAAAACAUGAAGAUGAACAAACUGGCGUCUACUUCUGGCACGUCAAAAGCGGUACGAUACAGAGGGAGCCACCUACCAAGUCACAGCGCCCUCUAUCGAUAGCAAGUGAUAUCUCUUUGAGUUCCCUUCAGAGUACUUUGACAUCUCCGACUUCCACGAUCCCUGAUACCCCCAGCAGUUGCGCAUCGGGACUCGAUCAGGACCACCUGUCGGAGUUCGAAGGUCAUGCGUUCAAAUAUGCGUCAGAGUCUCUCAAAUCAUUAUACACACCAACCGAAGAAUCUGAGGGCGUUCCAUUUGAAGAGGAGAAGAAGAAGGUCUCCAAGCCAAUACGUUACGCCGUGCGAUCGCUCGGAUGGGUCCGCAUCGCCGAGGAAGACCUGACACCUGAGCGGAGCAGUAAAGCGGUCAACAAGUGCAUUGUGGACUUGUCGCUUGGGCGGAAUGAUAUCAACGAUGUCGUCGGACGAUGGGGAGAUGGGAAAGACCUGUUUAUGGACCUCGACAACAACAGCCUGACGCUGAGCGACCCGACUGACUUUAGCGUCCUCCACCGCCAGCCCAUCCAGUCCAUCCGGGUGUGGGGCGUCGGCCGCGAUAAUGGAAGGGACUUUGCUUACGUUGCUCGAGACCGCUCGACCCGAAAACACAUGUGUCAUGUCUUCCGCUGCGAUACUCCAGCCCGCCAUAUUGCUAACACUUUACGAGACAUUUGUAAAAAGUUGAUGAUGGAGCGAAGUAUGAAGCACGGGGCGUACGGAGAUGCCUACGAUCAUGGGGCGGCCAUUCAUCGAUCCAUACGACCGAAUAAUCUCCCGAAUCUUGAUAAAAACGUGGAGCCAAACGGACAGAAAAUAACCUUCCAAAACGUGUAUAAGAAAACAUCAUUCCCUACUCCGAUGGAGGAGCCAAAGAAAGUCAUCCGAUGCCAUUACCUGGGCACAACGAAAGUGGCGAAACCUACUGGUGUCGAUAUAAUUAACAACGCCAUGGAAAAACUUUACAAGACCAUUCCUGUAGACGAGUGGCAGUUCUGCAACGUGGCUGUGGCCCCCUCGACAAUAACCAUCACAGAACAUGGGAAACCCGAGAAUCAGAUCAACGAGUGUCGUGUGCGCUUCCUCUCCUUCAUGGGCAUCGCGAUGCAUAACGUGAAGUUGUGUUCGUACAUCAUGCACACCGCUCAAGAUGCGUACAUUGCUCAUGUAUUCCACUGUGAACCAUCCGCUGGUGCUUUAUGCAAAACCAUUGAGGCAGCUUGCAAGCUGCGAUAUCAAAAAUGUCUGGACGCGCAUCCGUCGACGCCCGACAAGAAACAGCAGCAACAAACUAAGCCGUCCAUAGCUACGAGUCUCAAGUCGAGUAUUAAGAAAGUCCUUGGAAGAGUUUCAAGAUCUCCGAAACCGGCAAGCGACAGUUAACAUCAUUUUCAAGGUAACAGAGGAUGUUCUUUGAUUACAAGCCAGAGACCAGAUGCGCUGCAAGGAAAAUGCUGAAGACUUCAGUAGUACAUCUGUAGUUCCCCAAGGUGGCACUGGUGGUGCUGAUGUUUGCUGAGGGUGUUUAGAGGGCCUGUAUCCUCAGAUGAUGAAUCUCGAUGACACUGGCUUUUUUUACGAGCAGAUGAGAUGUUGGCAUGCUUCCUGUUCUGAAUGAAUCUUCGCUUUUAAAGCAAAUCUAGAUUUUCAUUUGUAAAUCCUUAGGUUGCGCAAGUCCCUGCAUCUCGGCAAAAUAUGAACGGUUAUUGUAAAGUAAUGACUUGAAGUGAUGAGAAUGAUCCGUCAUAGACUGGUGAAAAAUAUUUCUAGUCAUUUUAACGACAAUCUUUUAUUGUAAUUACAAUUCGGUCAAAAGUCGUGGAAGUUGAGAUCUUAAGAUUGAUACAUGUUUAAAGCUUGGUAGAAAAACUGGCGCCAAGGUUUACGAGAAUUUGAGAAAUUCUUGUCCGUGGUGUAAAUUCAAACUCCACAAAUGUCUUUGGUGGCCGCUGUUACGAGAUGAACGGAACAGCAGUGACGAAGAACGAAUCGAAUUUGAAAAAAAUGGGUGACCCGGAACUGGUUCAUUGGGAAAAUCGGUCAGAGAGUUAAAAAUGAUCUGGUCUUCCCCGGAAAUAUAUCUGCGAUACAUUGCUGAGACGUGCAGGAGGCAUGUGGCGGACUCCUCAAGAUCACAUACUCUCUUUUUCUAAAAAUGUGACUACGCCAUCAUUGAUGUACAUAUCUUAUAACAAUUGUCACCAACAAGUUCUAGAAACGCUGAGACGAUACUUCCACUUUUGUCAAAGACGUUAAAUUUUGAAUAUGUAUGUAAAUCUACGGUACCAGAUUCUGUGAGAGGGGUCAGCCUCUUAGCGACACUACAUGUAUUUUUGACCAUUGACCAUGUGAGCCAGCCAACUUUUACAUGGGUGAAGUAUAUUAGAUGGAACAGCUUUGGUAAAUGGCUCAUGCACAGUCUAAAGUGUUAUCUGAGCUGUUCUAUUCUAUGAACAUACCCUGUGUGAUAGAAACAAAACAUGCUCAAUGUUUCCAGAACUUGCCUGAAAAUAUCAUUUUGUACAUAACACGUCUUGCUGAUGAAAUAAGGUUCAAAAGAUAUAAUACUGUGUAAUAAAUAUCCAAAUAUUUUAUACGGAAAUUACGCUGUACAAAUGUCGCUCUCAAUGUACACGAUGUAGAGCAUUAUAAAUUAGAUAACAUAAGCACUAACCAUCAUCAUUUUAUUACGCAUUAUGCAAUCUGUAUGAGCUGAAAUCAAACGACUCCAGUCGUCUGAGACUUUCGUCUUCAAGAUAACUGUGUAAUCAUUGACGUGUAUUUUCCUGGAAAACACAGUCACAGUGCGAUCUUUUAAUGAUGUGGUGUAAAUUUUGUCUUUAUGUCUUAUAGAUCUGAGUGGCUAUGUCUUUGAUGGAGAAACUUUAAGCAAUCGAAAUCUGAGAUGGUUCCUCAAUUUCGUCUCCUUGUUAUUAUACUAGGGCUUUACUCUGUCGUCUCUGAUUCUAAUGUCCAAGGACAAAAAAUUGUGAAACAUGACACAGCUUCAACCUCGUGCACACAGGCUUGCUUUCCGAUGUCUCGGCAGACGGUAAAUGUAUCUUUGAAAACCUUGAGAUCAGGUCAAGCAAAGCCUGGGAACGAGGUGAUAUUUUGUACAGUGCGUCUCAAAAGAUGCCCUUCUGAUGGUUAUUUCUAAGUGGCCAAGGAAUCAGGCUUUUGAAAGAAAUCCAAACUUGUCUAAAAUAUUCCAAAGGAAAAUUAAAAGUCUUCUUGUGGAAGAAUCAAUUGUACUACUGGCAAAUAUUGUCCAGUAUUUCAAGUUAUUUUCCAUUGGACAUUUUUUGAGACAUUCUGUAUCAUUGUUAUUUUGACCAAUCAACUUGUCUAUAUUGAUGUACUGAGUGUGUGCCCAUGAAAUGGGUUUUGAUUGGUCAGAUUUGUUGGAUCUCUCCGGUUACCAUAGUUACCAUGAUAGAACUCAAAACAAUCAACAGGGUAGAAGUUAAGAAGUUAAACAGAUUCUGGCUGACUGUAAUUGUGGCAGCAGUUAAGUCUCGGUGAAAUGUAUUACACGGCAGAUAUGCAACUACAAAAGCUAAAUUACAGUCACAAUUAGAGUGAGCCAGGAGAUUUGUUGAGAGUUUUGAAAGUUUAUGAGAAAAAGGCUUUGUUUAUUGGUCGACAGUUUUUGUUCAUUUGUAAAUCUGUCAAUUUCCUUUAUGCUUAAAUCAUGUUGUAAAUUUUAGAAUCCGACAAGUGACUAUUUGAUCAAAGGCAUUCUUCCAUUGGAUGUUACCGGGGACACAAUAUAGGCCGCAAAUGCAGAACAUUUUAAUUGAUAAGAUAUUUUAAUUUAUUAAUCUGGUAUCAAAUGAAGGACAAUUCAAAUGAUGUCACAGCAAAAAACCAUUUCAUUGUUUUACAACAAUUUCAUUAGCCAUGUUUUAUCAUUACCGGAAAAUAAUUUUAAUUUCACGAAUUUUAAUCAAAUUCAAACCAAUUUGGUGUGAACGACUUCUGUUAUCAAAAUGUAACAGUUUCAAAAUAUAUUUCGACUUGGAUACUCAAUGCUAUAAAUGGUGCUUAAAUUAUUUUGCUUUUAAAUUUUGCUUUAGACUAGCCCCCUUGCCACUGGAGUGUUGACUGGCCACCCUGGGAAUCUGCUUUUCAACUUUCUGAGAAUCAGACAGGUUAGGCCAGCAUCGAGUUGGGACACCAGCCUGAAUACACAUGAUUCGUAUCAAGGUGGAAAGCUGAUACUCUAGGAUGUUGGUUGACCAAAGAAAUUAUUUUUUAGUGAAAUUAUGCUAUUUGUUUGCCAUUUGAAAGGAUUGUAAGAUACACCAAAACAAAUUUGUUAAUUGAGUGAAUUUACACAAAUAUAAUACCUCACACCUCUGAAGCACUGUGCAAUACUCAGUAGGAUUUUAAAGUUAGAUUGGUAAGGUGCUUUGAUUACAAUCUGUUUUAAAGGUUCCAAAGUGAUUCAUGAAAACUAUACCUCAUAGUGGAUUUUAUUAGUGAAACAAAUCCCUCUUUUUGCAUUUCUGUGGGAUUGGUGCCAGAGUCCCACAGGGGUCGACUCUUGGUCCAAUCUUAUUCUUGAUGUUUCUCAAAGUCAUUGCCCUACCUUUCAAACAUGUGAAAGUUAGAAGUUACUUGUAAAGUCCUCAAAUACUUUGUCAUGAUCAAUUGCCAGCCCACUGGCAGGGAGUGCCAAAAAUCUCCAGUCAUCUGAAACUAAGACGACAAUCUGAGAGGAAAAUGGCUGCAAUAAUCACAAAAUUACAACAAUGGUCUAUUUUAGGUUCUGGUUCCAUUUAUUUUAAUAUGACUGUAGACUGUUAUCUUAGAAGGUUCUGCAAUUUCAAAUCAAUCUAGAUAGCACAAGAAAUUCUGUCAGAGUUCAACCGAACAAACCUCAUGCCAGGUCUGUACUUUACACAGGUUUCAUCUCGUAUAGCUAUAAAGCUGGAGCCAAAACUUUAUUUACUCCAAAGCAUCAACUAGAAUGUUCCACGUGUGUCACACUAACUUGAGCCAAAACUGCAUACACUGCACUGUAGAUUAUGUACAGUGGAAACAGUUCAAACUAUGAUGAAACAUUCUUCAAAUGUGUAUAUAGGCCUCAUGGGAGCAAUGUCAAAAUGGGUGUUUUUCUACGAAACUUACAAUCAAUGUUUCUUGUAAUUAUUAGAAUAAUUGUGAUCAACUUUGUAUGGUAUAGUACGCUUCUUUAAAGUUCACCUCAACUAGGUCACAAAACCUGUAUAAGUAUCACAUAUUAUGCACAGAAAAUUUGGUCUAGCUGAGGUGAACAUAUUCUGUAAAGUAGUCUUUGAUUAUAGAUUUGAUAAUUUUAGUGUUUAGAGUUGGUUACCAUAGCAACAGACUGUGUGACUUGGUUACCAUAGAAACAUACCAGAUCUUGUCUUGAUACCUGAUUAUUUUGUGCAUAAUACUGUAUUUCUUAACCUUGCCAAUGAUGGACCAAGAAAAUGUUAUUUGUAAUAAAACACAGUGACACUAAUUCAUAAUAUCCUAUUGAAUUUCUGUUGCUCUCUGAACAUUGAGUUCUAAAAUUAUUGGCAUGUUAGUUCACAUCAUUUUGUAUAUUUACUUUUUUCUGACCUGGCCAAACUGCGAAGAAUCUCAAAACAUUAUCUUGUAAUUUUGUGUAUUUUGAAAAGGUAUUUUUUUCUGAGGCCACAUCAACAAAUCAGAUUUCAUCAAAAUUUAUUAAAACACUUUGUUCCAAUUUAAAAACUGAGGUCAUUUCGUAUGUGUGAUAAUUUUGUCAAAAAGUGAACAGUUUGUUGGGCUAAAUGACUGUUUAACCUUAAAAUCUCUUUUAAUCAUGUUAAGAUCAAAAAUGUAUAAGGAUAUCAUUCUUUUAGAAUAUAUUAUUUCAUCUCAUUAUAGUACUUAUUGUUAUGUUAACAUGAAUAUAAUUUCUCAUAUUUCUUUAAGAAAACUAAAAACUAGAUUACAUUAUAAUCUCUACUAGAAAAACUUCUUUUCAUAGUUCGAGGGAAUCUCAUUUUGCCGUACCAGCUGUACUUAAUACUGUACAUAAUGUACAUAGAGUUCCGGUCAAUCGAGGCAAAAUCGAAAUUAAGCUUAUAUUGCAUAUUUUGAUAAAAUCAAACAAGAUGGAGAGAAUGUAAAUUUAAUAUGAUUUAAUACCUUAAAUUCUUUGUAUUUUUUUACAGCAAAUAUUAAUCUUAAUGUUAUGUUUGGCUCAGCAGCGUAAAUGUGUCACAGUUGAUUAUUUCUGUAAAAUAAUUUGUUGAUUUUUCGAUGGAAGAUAUGUUACUUGUGUAGCAAUAGAAGAUAUUAGAAUAUGCCAAUUCGUUUUUUUUUCAUUUAGCAUUGUUUAGAUAAAGUAAAUUCCUUGAUUCCACAUAUGAGAGUCCCCCCCCCCCCCCUGCUACAGAGCCAGACAAUAUCUCUAGAGCUGUCUGUCCCAACUUUGCUGAAAUUGUUUGCAAAUUGCUUUGAGAAAGUGUAUCGGUAUAUGUCAAUUGAGACAAUUUUAGCAAUAUAGGACUAGAGACUAGAGUAGGUGACAGGCUUGGCGUGAAAAAGCAUCACCUCGAACGAAAGGGCUCAUGAACCCUGUCAAUCUCACCUGGGCUCAUGAACCCAUUUAAAAACUGUUGUGAGUGUCCUUACUCCUGGUCACUUUCCCCUGCUACAGCCAAUGGCAAUGUAAAGUUGUCAUAAGAUAGUCCUGAUUGGAUGACCUGGUAUGACUACUAUUUGAUCACUCUGGCAAUCAAUAUAAAGUAGCUGUUUGUAUUGAAUGCCAUUCAGAUAAUUUUCAAACUUUUGGUGAAUUUAAGAACUUCCAAUUUGGUAUAUUUGGGGGGGGGGGGGAGAAAUUGGCCUCUUUCCAGAAAAGCACGUUUUCAUUGUCAUCUUGGCCAAUAAGUAAGACAUCGAGACAUUUGGAAAUCUCACCCAAUCCCAACUCCAGCUUUCCCCAAAGCAUUUCUAACAGGUGUAGUGUCAAGUCUGGUUAAUUCAGGUGGAACUCAAUGCGUGGCUCUCACAGCAUUCAUUUCUUACUCUUCGAAUUCUCAUGAAAACCUGUGCUUUUGUAUAUACUUUGCCUGAUCGUAGGCUUCUAAUGGCCUGUUCUCUUGUUAGCUCUGUACCGUAUGUCGAUGUAUGAUCCUGUACAUGUGGCGCCACCAGUUGGCAACAAUAGAAACAUAUAUGUAUCAGAUUAUUUGCAAUAAGAAAGAAAAUAAACGAAUUAAUAGA